UGUUUUCUUUUUACUCUUGCAUUAUAUGCAGAAAGUUAAAAAUGCAUUUUUUCCCUUUUUUAUGCUUAAAUCAGCUGUAAAAAGAGCUAUAUUACAAUCGUCAGCUGUUAUCAGCUGUCAAAAGUCUCUCGAAGACUGUGAAACGUGCGGAGUGUGUGCUUUUGCUAAGGAAUUUACCCUUGAAUUUAUAUUGUGACUGAACAUUUGUAGGAUAACAAUACAAAGCAAGUGAAUAUGGACGACGAGACGUUGAACAGGCUUGCAGUUGAAGCUUUAUUGGAAGAAGCCAAAAUUGGCGCACAAAGGGCAGAAAUAAUGGGACCUAGCGGAUGGGUAAAACCUAAAGAAACUAUCAACAAAAGGUUCCUUCAUUCAACAUUACGAAAUGCAGUAAUAUCAAACAAACAUCGAUCAUUGAAGCAGGAAAAAAUAAAAACUCAACCACCAUUGAAUAAGACGGAUACUGUUAAGAAACCAUAGGCUGUGACAUAUAUAUGUGUAUUAUUCUUGCGUUUGCCUUGAUGUAUAUUCUAGAUAUAUAUAUAUAUAUCUCUUAAGAAUUUAGAAUUUUCUUAGUACACAUACACAGGAAAUAUAUACACGCACACAAAAAUAUAUAUACAUGUUGUUAUUGAUGUAAACGAUCGUAA